AUGGCUAUCGCAACAGACAUCCCAGGCCUUGAAGUCACUAUUGAGGUCAACGCCAAAGCGCUACCAGAAUACGAGCAUGAUCGUGCCGACGGUGGUGAGGUUGCGACUUCUACCACCAAGUAUAUUGAAGCGCCACCAGCUACUGAAUUCUCCAUCCGCUAUCUUUACCGUCCGCCCUUCACCCCGCCUUCAGCGAUCCAGAUGGAUAUAGUUCUAGACGGCAACUAUGUGCAAGCUCCAUUUGUCGAGUGGGGUGGCAAGGAAGACUGCGAGGGGUACCUAUGCUCGAGGUCCACUUCGUCCACUGGUGAACAUGAGACCAAUGCUCCGGUUACCGAGGAACUCGCGAAAGAGCUGUCACUAACCGGGCGCAUCGUGCUUUACUUCUACUUCAUUGAGCACCUGGAGUCGGUGAAGCCGGCGGAGAUACCUCAGCUUGCCAACAAACAAUUUAGUGUUCUCAGCGAGAAGGCAUUGCACAAGUUCGCUGCGGUACAGGGCGAUGAACUGUCCCAUCAAACCAGCUUCACUGCGCCAGAACAACGUGAUACCAUCACUUACAACGAAGUCAAGACUAUCGAGAACGAGUCUUUCGCUACCUUCACGUUCGUCUACAGAUCAAGUGAUGCGCUCAAAUCUUUCGGUGUCAUCCCGCGUACUCCAAGCCCAUCACCGGAGCCAGAUUCAGAGGUCGAGGAUAAGGAUCCAGAAGACAUGACUGAGGAGGAGAUGAGGGCGGAGCUUAAGCGUAUGCGCGAAAAGAGGCAGGAGGCGACUAAGAUCAAGCGUGAACGUGAAGAAGAGCGUCAGGGCAGUGACAUCACCCUGGUAGGAGACGAUGAAGUUCAGUGGACUCGUAGUCAACCAACACAACGGUGCGCGAAGAAGGUCCGUCGUGGUCCUGGUUUUGAUGAUGAGGUGGUGGCUCUGGAUGAUUGA